UUUUUCAAAAAAUUAGCUCUUAAUUUCAUCAAUCAUUUUUUAAAAUUUUUUUUGUCUCUAUUUCAUUUAUUUCUAUUCUCAUCUUUGAUCUUCCUUCUACUAACCUAGGGGUUUGUUAUAUGUCUUCAUUUCAAUUUUUAAAAUAAGUUCAUAACACUUCAGAAACAUUCAAAUUUGCCUUUGUAUUUAAAACUCCUAUCUUGCUCUGUAUUCCUGCAGUUAAACAGUAUAAUUUAAGUAAGCAAUGAUAGCCCAGUGAUUGUAAAGAAAAAUUAGCAGAUUUAUGGGACGCCUGGGUGGCUCAGUCGGUUAAGCGUCCGACUGAGGCUCAGGUCAUGAUCUCGCGGUCCGUGAGUUUGAGCCCCCCGUCGGGCUAUGUGCUGACAGCUCAGAGCCUGGAGCCUGUUUCAGAUUCUGUGUCUCCCUCUCUCUGACCCUCCCCCGUUCAUGCUCUGUCUCUCUCUGUCUCAAAAAUAAAUACACGUUAAAAAAAAUUAAAAAAAAAAAAAAAGAAAAAUUAGCAGAUUUAAAUUACAUCUAUUUGGUCACUCUAUAUGAUUAUAUGGGGUUUAAUUGCAUUUAAAAUUUUAAAUUCAGGGCACCUGGGUGGCUUAGUCAGCUGAGUGUCCAACAGGUCCUGAUCUCAUGAUUUGUGAGUUUGAGGGCAUGCAUUAAGGCUCUUUCUGCCCCUUCCCUGCUCAUUCCCUUUCCCUCUCUCUCUCUCUCUCUCUCUCUCUCUCUCUCAAAAAUAAUAAACAUUAAAAUUUUUUUUAAUUUAAAAAGUGAAUACAAACUGAGUGGUAUAAUAUUUUUUGUCUGAUAGUGCACAAAAAUACUAUGCUGAAUAUAAACAGUAGCUUUAAAAUUGACAUUUGGUCUUUUUCAUAGUUUUUGUUGGUUUUAAAACCAAAGAAUGAAUCAAGAAAUAAUGAUUAUUACUGAUCAUUACAUAGUUGUUACUAGAAAUAAUUUUGUUAUGUAGAGAAGAGGAGUGUUAGAGUGAUCCCCUCCAGGUGUCAAAUAUGCUAGGCUUGCCACUAACUACAAGUGUUGCCCAAAGGGCACGGUCACUGUCUCUGUUGCCCAGGCUCACUGUAAACCAAUCACAUUCUCUUGUGAUCCUGUUCUCUUUUCUUUCCUUGCCAUUCUUAACAAACCCAGUAGUCAAUGCAGUUCAACUCAUCUUUAAUCCAUGUUCUUCUGGUCAUCUACUUCCCAGUCUAUCACUUUCUUUACCUGGCUCCUUUAAAAAAGUUUUCACUUCUCUUCUUAAAUUGUCUAUGCUAUUAUUUUCAUCUGUGGAUUGAUAAGUCUCAAAUUUAUAUCUUCAACUCUCACCUUUCCCCCAGACCCCAGAAGUAUAUACCCAACUCCCAUGCCACCGCUCCACCUGGAUGUCUAAUAGGCAUAUUAAAUUGACCAUGAUCAAAUAUGAUUUAAUGUUCUUGCCAUUAUCCAUGCUUUCUCCAGGGGUCCCCAUUUUAGUAAAUGGCAUCACUCUUCAACAAGUCAUUCAGAAUAUAACCUUGACCUUUCACUACUCUAUUCCUCCUUUGCCCCACACCCAGUGCAUCAGUAAACCUUAAGAGGCUCCACCUGCUAUAUAUAACCAAAGUCUACCCAGCUCUCACUCCUUCCUUUACUGCCAUCUGAGAUCUGGAACUCUACAAGAGCUUGCUAUUUGGUUUCCUUGCUUACCUAUUUUCUUCCACAGCAGUGGCCUUAGUAAGAUUUAUAAAAUAUAAGUGAUCUUAUAUAAAUAAGUCAUAUCAUCCCUAAGCAAAAUGCUCCAGUAAUUUCUCAUCAAAUUUGCAAUAAACCCAGAGCCCUUAUGUUGGUUGAUAAGUGCUCUAUAACCAGCCUGGCGCCAGUUGUGUUUUUGACCACUUUUCUCACUUCUCUUGCCUUUACUCACUUUGCUCUCUUCAGACACACUGCUUUUGUUGUAUUCCUUCAACACACCAACCACCCACCCCCCUGCCUUAGGCUCUUUAUACUUGCUGGCCCUUAGCCCAAAACAUUUGUCCCAGCUUUUUCUAUGGCUUACCCCACACGUCUGCAGCUCAUUGCUUAUAAGUCAUCUUUUCUGAGGUGUCUUCCCUGAACACAUUGCAUUAUAUACAACACAGAAGCACAUCCAACUGCCUUGCCUUCAUUUCUUUCCUUCAGGGAAUUUUUCAAUAUCUGACAUAUUGUAUAGUUAUCUUACACCUUAGAGUGUAGUCUCAAGAGGGCAAAAACCUUGCCUGCAUUGCCCACUGCUGAGUCACCAGAACUAGAAUUAGUAUAGAGAAGCUCUAUAGUUGUUGAAUUAACAAAUGAACUAAUCUACCCAACUUUUAUACCAAAUCCAAGCCUUUGCUCUUUUGUGUUCUGUAUUAUUCCUUUAUUUCCUCAACUCUUAUCAGUGAAUUAAGGAAGCAUCCUUGCCUUUUUGCUGGCACCAUUAGCCCCAUCCUCAAAGUUUCCUGAGAGAGAUAUGUAGAAGUAGCUGUUCCUCAGGGGGCAUCUUUAGGAAAAGGGACAGUGAGGCUGGUCACAGCAGAAGUAGAUCCAGGCUUUCCCACCUGACAGCCUCCAAUAGUGGUCAUCCAACAGCCAUUCUCUGCUACCUCAUCUAGCUUUUGAAUCAUGGGAUUCAAUCCUGGUGACCAUGUGCUCCACUGUGGAGACUGUAUCAUAUAUAGGUCCAAUGGUCUAAAAUAAGGGAUUGUAGAGAUCUACUUAAUUUCUCAGCCACUAAUGAUGUAAAAGGAGGUCAUAUGACCCAGAACUGAACAAUGAAAUACAAGGGGAAAUCUGCUUGAGUUUCUAGGGGAAAAUUUGCUUCUAAAACAGAAAGGCAAAGCCUCCCAAAGAGAAUGGUUUUACCCCGACCUCCCUUCCUGUGGGGAAUAAGCUUAGGAAUUCCCUGAGCUUGCACCAAUGGGUUAACAAGGCAUAAAGAAAUAGAAAGCCACAGGAUGAAUGCGUCCAAGAUUAGGUAAACAAGAUUAGGUAAACAGGGCAAAGGCCCUCAGUAUAGGACAAAGGUAUAGGAAUAGGAAAUCUCAGGAUGAAAACAUCCAAGAUUAGGUAAACAAGAUUAGGUUUUCAGGGCAGAAGUGCCACCCAAUUUAGUACAAUAGCAGAAAGUUGCUUUCACAGGAAGGAAGGAAGGAAGGAAGGAAGGACAAAAACAAGUAAACAGGACUCCCCUUGGCAGAGAACCAGAACAAAGGCAGCUGUUGCUUAUCAUGGAUGCACUGAUGUUUAUCACAGUUGUGUGUCACACUCAAGCAAGCAGUUCUUUGAAAGUGUACUGGGGAGUGUGUUUGUUUGUCUGUGCUUUCUUAUGUGUUGAGGGGUGCCUAAGUCAGUUACCAUAAGGUAUAAAACAUCCUUUCCUGGCCAGUCUUUGUAGACCUCUUCUGAACUCAUCUGUGAGUUAAUUUGCUCUGCAGCCACCCUCCCUGGUUCUUCAAACAGCUUGGAGAGAUCCAGAGUCUUCCAUACUGGCACUGAUUUUCUCCUAUCUGUUCUCUCUUGAGACUGUUCACGUGUUCCCUUCCUUCUCGACCAUACUGGAGCUCAGAGAUCUCAGCUUUCUAUCUUUCCUCCCAGCCCCAGGACAUUGCUGUUCUACAGGAUGAAGCUUACGUCUUACUUCCUUCUCAUUCUCAUCCUCCUUCUCCAGCUGAUGAUCCCAAGGUAUGCUCAGUGUUCCUUGGACUCCAUCAUGGAUACAAAAAUAAAGGAAGCUCUCACUGGCUUAGGUACAAAGAAGAUUUCAUGUACCAGUAUCUUUAACUCAGGCAGACUGUCUUCCUGCCCUGCAGGAAUGGUUGUCACCAGCUGUGCUUGUGGCUAUGGCUGUGGUUCCUGGGAUAUCCAGGGAGAAACCACAUGCCAAUGCCAGUGCAGCACUAUAGACUGGACCACUUCCCGCUGCUGCCACCUGACCUGAGGGGGAGGAGGAUGAGAACCCAACUGUGUGACCAUCACAGUAAUGAAACUACACAUCAAACAGGAAACCUGACUCAAACUGUCCCUUUCAUUUGUUACAGCCUGCUUCUUGGGUAGUAAAGACAACUCUUUGCAUCUCUCUGUGUUUGUAUUUUUGAUAUUACUGCCCUGGGCUUAGAAUUCCUCUAGCCAGAAAAUUUCUCCAGCGUCCCAAUUACUCCAUCUCAGCAAGGAUUAGUAAAAAUAUGGGGAGACUGGGGAAAUUUGAGAUUAAUAUUCCAGCCUCCUAGUUCCCUCAUUGUUUAACAAAAGGA